CUCCCCCGGUCCACUAGAGGGCGCUAAAGCGCCACGAAACAACACGACUGUGGACUCGGUGUGAAAAAAAAACCAGGAAGUGACUUAUUCUGCUCCUCGGCUGCGUAAAGAUGGAGCAAACCAUAGGCGACCCUCAUCCAAAAACAUUUACAUGCCAAUUGUGUGAGCUAAGCAGCCCCUUUACUUACCACGGCCAGAAACCACCAAACACCAGAGCCAUCGUGCUGCUCGAGGAGUGUUUUGUGACCCAGGACCCCUUCAGUCCGGACAGGGAAAAGUUUCUUGUUUUGGGUUCCGCCUGCAGCCUGUGCAACACAUGUGUUUGUGUUGGUCCGGACUGCAGUCUUUUCUACACCAAGAGGUUCUGCAUGCGCUGUGUGAACAAGCACUUGGAACAGUUCCCACUUCAGAUCCAGACUGAGCUGGCUAAGAAGAAGCAGAGCUCCAAGUCACCUGACAAGUAGAGGUCUAUUGCAUGCUCAUCAAAAAGAGAAGUGAUUGGUCAUCUAAAGGGUACCAAAAGAGUCAGGUUCCUGUACCAGCUCUCUCCAUCAAACCAACUCCAAAAACAGCACAUGACAACAUCCUGUGAUUUAUUGGCAUGGCUUUCAUUUUGGUGGGAAAUCAACACGUCUCAUCAGAAUAAUACUAGAUCAUCCUUUUGUGCUACACAUGUGUUUCAACCCUUAGGGGGGCUUUUUUUUCUCCAUCUCACGUGCUCCAUAUAAACUCAAGAUGUGAAGGUAACACUAUUUUCCAGAGCAGUUGCUGGGUAAUUGAGAUUUAAAAAAAUAAGAGCGACCUCUUCACUGCCCUUUGCAGAGUGAAAAACAAUUCACCUACAAUGUUACGUUUGUUCCUCAUUAAUAAUUUCUGUUUUGGAAUAUUUUAAACAUCCAUUUUCUAUUCGAGAACACUUUCAUAUUACAUUUUAGCAACACGUGGAAGCAUUCCCAUUUACUGAAGUAAUGAUCUCUAAGACAUCCUUUUUAUGGGUGCAUUUAUGGUCAAACUGUGCACUGCUAACUUCUGUGAAGUCAAAACAUUGUAAUUUCUGUUUAUUCUGAAGCUAUAAAAAAUAUGCACAUUGACCUUU